CCCGUACUGUAUGUAGGUUGCCAGGUUGGAUUUCCUUCGACCUGGCAUCCCUUUCUGCCAGGCUGCCACCGGAAAGCAUACACCCCUCUCCCUCGCCUUCUACGGUACGGGUGCUGCUGCUGCAGUAAAGUUGGCCGCGCUUGCGCACUUUCGGUCCUCUUUUUCUUGGAAGCACCGCUGACCCAUCACCAUGUCAGAUCCCGAUCUUGACUUCACGACUGGCGAGUCUGGCGCCUCCGCCACCUUCCCUAUGCAGUGCUCUGCUCUGCGUAAGAACGGGUAUGUGGUGCUGAAGGGACGCCCCUGCAAAAUUGUCGAGAUGUCCACCUCCAAGACCGGCAAGCACGGACAUGCCAAGGUUAACAUGGUUGGUAUCGACAUCUUCACCAACAAGAAGCAUGAAGAUAUGUGCCCAUCCACCCACAACAUGGAUGUUCCCUCCAUCAAGAGGAUAGACUACCAGCUGAUUAACAUCAACGAGGGCUUCAUGACCUUGAUGAGCGACAGCGGUGAUAUCAGGGAGGACCUGCGUGUCCCUGAGAGCGAAAUCGGCAAGGAAAUCGAGACUAAGUUUGAAGCUGGUGAUGAAUUCAUGGAAAGGACAAAUGCCACUGUCGUGGCUUCUUAAUAAAUAAAUGCAGCUCUGUAAUGACCUGUGAGACCUCUCUGCACGAAGAUGUUAAAUUACUCUUGAGGGUCACAAGAUACUCUUUGGUUCUGAUGCAAGUCCUGGGUGGUAUGCAUUUUGAAUUUUAUCGUCGUGAAGAUGCCUGACACCUGAAACUGAUGACGAUAUGGCAAAUUCUCGGCAUUGCUUGUCAUAAAUAGCAUCUCAUGAAGAAGCAGAAAUCUGUCUGCCAUGUGUUCUUAUUCUUAUCAUGUUGACAUUAAUGCAGACAGGAUUGUUGUCACUCCAGUGGAAAGUGUGAAGAUCGAGCUGCGUCUGUAAAGUUUCAGAUGAUUGACUUAAACAUGUUGUGUGCUCUCUGCAGGUCACUGUCAUUUCUGCCAUGGGGGAGGAAUGUGCUGUCGCUACCAAGGUCCUGACCAGCAAAUAGACUACAGACUUUGCUGCCCAGGCAACAAGCACCACCUACAACCAGUCUCUUGCAUUCUCAUUGGUUCUGUCACCAAAGCGUCGGCCUUCACAGACAACCUCAAUCAUUCUGUUGUGAUUUCUCUCCUCAAUGCUCUUAUAUUUUAUUUGAUCUCCCCUUCUCCUUUCUCCUUUCCAUUGCUGUUGGGAAGUUCCACUGCAGCUCGCUGCGUGGUCAGCCUGAUCACUGAGGUUUUGUUUGGUAACUUUAUAUAAAACGACUUCAAAAAUGAUGAUCAGUUGCUCAUUCCUGCUUAUUUUUGCUUUCAAGGUGUUUGUUUCGCCACUCACAUUCCUGAAUGUUUAAAUAACAACGGGAUUCAGUUUGUGUAUGAUUAUUGAAGAUAGCCUUUUAGAAGGGAGGAGAGGGGAUAGUUUUGAGUUGUUAAAGCAGUGGGAGGGAGGGUAGCCCCUUGUAGAUGCUAAAUUCGGGUUUAGGCCAUCCCUUUAGCAGCCAUCCUGCUUUCCAGCAUGACCUCAGCUCUGGUUCCUGUGUGGAUUGGGCCCAACCAAAGUCCUUUUCUCUCCUAAACGCUGGGAUUGGUGAUGGCAAGCACUUAUGAGCACUUGAGGUCCACCUCAGCAUGUCAAAGCUCUUAAAACCAAGAAAAGAGAAGUGUUUUUUUUCUCCCCAAGAACAGGAACAAACCAGUGAUUUACCGUCGUGAUGCCAGUCUCUUGUCUGUGUAAAAGUUGGAGGGGCACUCACACCUCUCGUACACCGGGGCCCCGGCCACCCCCAAUACAAAUGGAGUGUUAUAUUUAGUUUUGAGAGGCAUGAGUGUAGCGUUGUGGGCCUCCGUCAUGUGUAAAGCAGUUUGCAGUGAGGCGUGUUUCUUUUUGAUGGACUCGAUCGGGUUGGGCAGGGUGGUAGAGCUGCAAACUUUUUGUUCACUCGAGACCCUUGUCACCUGACGAGAUGGCAAAAAUAAAACGAUGAAACAAAUGGACAAAAACUGCAAA